CACUCUUUGUUCACUGCUUUCUUUCUCUCGCCUAGAGACUGCCCUUAUUAGACUUAGCUUUCCCACCGCUAUGUUCGACUCAGCGUUUGAUUGUGUCGUUCUGGAUGGCAUGGUCGUGACCGCUGCCGACGUUGGCCGGUACGAUAUUGCGAUUAAAGAUGGAAAGAUUGCACUGUUGGCUCCUGCUCGAUCACUUGCAAAAGUACAAGCUAUCCGAGUCAUUGAAGCUCAAGGCGCAUAUGUGAUGCCUGGCGGCGUAGAUGCCCAUGUCCACUUAUCAGAACCUCAGCUAUUUGGGAAGGGUAGGCCUGCGGAUGAUUUCAGCACAGGGAGCCGGUCUGCCAUCGCCGGUGGAACAACCACCAUUAUUGCCUUUGCCCCACAAGAUAGGUCGGAUCCGUCGAUACUCAACGCAUUGGAUGAAGCACAGCGAAAAGCACAAGGCGCUGCAUACUGUGACUAUGCGCUUCAUCUGUUGAUUUCCAAUCCGACUCAACAAGCCCUCGGGGAAUUUGCAGUCCUUCGUGAACGCGGAGUUUCUUCGAUCAAGAUAUAUAUGACCUACGAAGUGCUUCAGCUGCGUGAUAAUCAGAUUUUAGACGUCUUACUACAAGCGCGCAAAGAUUUGGUCACCACAAUGAUUCAUGCGGAGAAUGGUGACAUGCUCACGUGGAUGACCGAACAACUGGAGCGUCGACGACUGUUCGCUCCCAGGUAUCACGCCACUUCACGUCCGCAGAUACUAGAAAGUGAAGCCACAAACAGGGCUAUUGCUUUAAGCCAAUUAGUAGAAACUCCUAUUCUCAUCGUGCACGUGUCCUCGCCACUCGCAGCAAACAACAUCCGAACCGCGCAGACAAGUGGUCUUCCUGUCUAUGCCGAGACAUGUCCACAAUACCUAUUCUUGACACGGAAAGGUUUAGAUCAGCCAGGAUUUGAGGGCGCCAAGUGUGUUUGUUCUCCACCACCACGGGACGGGGAAGCAGAUUUGGAAAGUAUCUGGGCAGGCAUUGAGAACGGAACGUUUACCAUUUUGUCAUCGGAUCAUUGUCCAUUCGUUUAUGACGAUAGUGUUGAUGGAAAGAAAUCAGCAAUCUCCGCUGACGCGCCUCUGGGGCGAUUCCGAUACAUCCCUAAUGGUUGUCCAGGCGUUGAGACUCGCCUGCCCUUAGUCUUGAGCGCGAAUCGACUCUCGGUUGAAAAGUUUGUCGAAGUAACGAGCACCAAUCCUGCAAAGCUAUACGGACUCUACCCGCAGAAAGGGGCACUGAUCCCCGGAGUCUCAGAUGCUGACCUUACAAUUUGGUAUCCGCCAUCGUCUCUGGAACCGUUCCCUGUCACGAACGCAGCCUUGCAUCACAACGUAGAUUAUACACCGUAUGAAGGACACAUCGUGUCGCAGUGGCCUCGUUACACACUCCUUCGCGGCGAGGUAGUCUGGGAUCGUGACAAUGGAGGCGUGGUUGGACAGAAAGGGUAUGGGCAAUUUGUGAAAAGAGGACCCAGCGCCUGGUGUCGGGAACAACCAGAAUGGGAUGUCGAGAAGUUCUGA